AUGGGCAGGACUCUGGAUGGUAACUCCCCACCUCAGAGGAAGGAUGUGGACCAUAAUUUCUUCCUCCUCUUCAGCGUGAUAGAUGAGAACCUUAGCUGGUACCUCGACGACAACAUUGCUGCUUACUGUUCUGAUCCCACCUCAGUGGACAAAGAAGAUGAAGACUUUCAAGAAAGCAAUAGGAUGCAUGCAAUCAAUGGGUUUGUCUUUGGGAACUUACCAGAGUUGAACAUGUGUGCGCAGAAACAUGUAGCCUGGCACCUGUUUGGCAUGGGCAAUGAAAUAGAUGUCCACACAGCUUUCUUCCACGGACAGCUACUGACCGUCCGUGGACACCGCACUGAUGUUGCUCACAUUUUUCCAGCCACCUUUGUGACUGCUGAGAUGGUGCCCCAGAAAUCUGGAACCUGGUUAAUUAGCUGUGAAGUGAACAGCCACUUGAAAAGUAAGGUCUAG